GGGGAACCGGUGGAACCAAUCAGACGGGAGGUUUUUGCGCUUGCGAGCGGGGGGAGGGGGUCGUCUGCUGGCAAUUUGCUUUUAUUUUUGGAGGAAAUAAAUAAAAUUCGGAAUUUGUAUCACAGAAAUAAACAGGGGGCUGUGGGUGAGGGGGAGCAGUCGGUGAGGGGGUGCAACGCGACCAUCGUUACCAAGCCCGGGCCGGGGGCUCGCUCGCUGCUGCCGGUUGUCGGCGGCCCAGGCCUCGCCUCACCAAGUGUGUCCUUCGCCUCCCUCCACUUCCACGUCUUCCAGUCCUGUUCUCCAAGAAUAGGGGAUAUUUCCGAUUCAUAAUGAAGAUUUCUUGGCUCCUGAGUCACAGGCUAUUCAUCUCCCCAGCCCACUGGUGGUUCCUCUGCUCUGUCAUUCCUCUGCUAUUUCUGGAGUUUGUUGCCACAGAACAGGACUCCUGUCAGAUUUGCCGUCAUAUUGCUGAGAACUUCAGGAAGGGAAUGGAAAAAACUGCAAACAAGAAUUUUGGUGGUGGGAACAGUGACUGGGAGAAGAAAAAUUUGGCAAAGUAUGAAAUCAGUGAGACUCGCCUGCUGGAGAUCAUAGAGAUGCUCUGUGAAAGCAUGAAUUUUGAUUGUAAUCAGAUGGUAGAACAAAGUGAAGAGCACAUUGAAAAUUGGUGGUUCAAAAAACAGGAGGAGCACCCAGAUCUAUUCCAGUGGCUCUGUAUGGAUACCAUCAAAAUGUGCUGUCCUGCUGGUACCUUUGGACCUGAAUGUCUGUCAUGUACGGGUGGAUCAACAAAGCCAUGCAGUGGAUAUGGUCAAUGUGAUGGUGAUGGAACACGGACUGGGACUGGGCUUUGUAAUUGUAAUCAAGGCUAUGCAGGUUCUGUAUGCAUGGAGUGUGCUGAUGGAUACUUUGAAGAGUUAAGGAAUGAUACCCAACUGGUAUGUAAAGAAUGCUACAAAUCCUGCAAGAAGUGCACAGGUCCUGAGGAUUAUAAAUGUCAAGACUGCAAAGUUGGUUGGUUCUUUCAUGAAGACAAGUGCUUAGAUAUCGAUGAGUGUGACACAGAGCUGCAGAGUUGUAAGGCUGGUCAGUAUUGUGUAAACACGGAAGGCUCCUAUGAGUGUAGAGGUUGCGACAAAGCCUGUUUGACUUGUAUGGGAGCUGGACCCAGUAGAUGUAAAAAAUGUAAUAAAGGUUAUCAGAUGGAGGGAGCAAAGUGUCUGGAUAUCAAUGAGUGCAACAGUGAGAAACCACUCUGUAAUGGUGCAUACGAAGAGUGUGAAAACACAGAUGGCAGCUAUCUCUGUGGCUGUAUUGAGGGAUACACGAAACAAGAUGGUGUAUGUGUUGAGGACAAGCUGUCUCCAGCCCCUGAAGAAGGUCUCUUUGACAAUGUCACUGAGGAUGAGAUGGUAGUCCUACAACAAAUGUUUUUUGGUGUCAUCAUAUGUGCACUGGCAACACUUGCAGCAAAGGGAGAUAUGGUCUUCACCUCUAUCUUCAUUGGUGCUAUUGCAGCAACUGCAGGGUACUGGCUAUCGGAGAAAUCAGACCGUCUUGUGGAUGGAUUUCUUAAAGGAAAAUAAUGAGGAAUAUAAUUUAAGUUAAUCAGACAAUUAUCUGUGGUAAUAGUUGACUUGGAAAAAAGAAAACUGGCUUGUUACCCAGCGGACUGCUUUAGCAGAGCCAGUGAUUGAGAAUACCAGUUUGAAAUUAUGGGUAAAAUGUCUAUAUAUAAAUAAUGAAUUCAACACAAACUGCAUGUUUGAAAACCCAAGAUUUAUGUACAGAAGGCAUGAGUGAGGAUGUCCAUAUCAGAACAGCCCUCAUGCUUGUACUUUUUGGUGAAUACUGAGUUUAGGUAAAUUGUACAAUGAUGUAACUUCCUGAGUAAUCCACUAAUUUAUUGUAAAACGCUGCUGCAUGGGCUUGAUCCACAUACUUAGUUAUCAGAGGAGAAAUAUUCUGUCACUUUUCAAGUAAGUCAUACUUCCAGUUGUAAAACAUUUUCGGAGAAAUAGCCCAAGUUCAGCCAGGUAGACCAUGGAUUUGUUUAAUAAACUUGUUGGUGUCCAUUUUGUACUCCCUAGACUGGCAAUGGAUUGGUCAUUUAUCUGGUCCCACUCUGUACGUCUCUUAGUUUAUAGCUACUAUAUUGAGUCUGGAGUUCUCAUCCAAACAUUUUAUUUUUCUUUUUUAAAAGUUGUCUUAAAUGGGUGAGAAUUGAGCACAUAACCAAUGUCAGACACAAAAUGAAUACAGGUCUGGUUGAAAUUGAUGCACAGCAUGGAUUAGUGAAACUGUGUUUUGGACUGUGAUAGUAGGAUGAUUAGAAGAUAAUUUGCACUGCUGAUUUCUGUUCCGUAAGUAACUUGUUUCCUUGACCCACUGAAUUGAUUUAUGUUAGGAAAAUUUAAGUUUAGAAAUGCUACUUAAGCAAGAGGUAUCAGUUGGGUUAGGAGUGUAUGAGUGUUUGCAGCAUUAGUAUGAUGUAGAAUUUGUGGUGAGUAAUGACUAGCCAGCUAGCAGAUAGAGGAAGAGGAUGAACUCUGAAUUGGCCUUGAGUCAUCUUGCAGUUGGAAAAGUUGAAACUGUUACAGCAUCUAUGUUGGGCCAAGUAUUGGAAUAGAACCAGACAACUGCAUUAUUGUGAAACUGAAUAGCUGAAGAGAUCUUGCAAACAAUAUACGCAUUGUGUUGUACUGUACUUGCCUUCUAGAAGAGAACACAAGUUAAUUUAUAAUUUUAAGAUGGAAAGGGCAACAGGUCAGACAAGUGGGUUUAAUACUGAAUGAGAAAUGCAUGAUGCCCUUUUGAGAGGAGAAUGCAUAUAUGCUUUUAAAGGAUUGCUGGGAGAUCUGGUCAAAAAAAACUGGCAUCAUCAUUGUCUCUGUUCAAGCUAUAAUAGUGGGUCUUUGAGGAAUCAUAUCCAUAAUCUCUCUGAUACUAGUGCAUUAAUACUGUGACAGAACCACUAUAAAACUGGGAUUGACCCUUGCACUGAAAGAUGCUUUAAUGUUACUGAUAUGGAUUUUGUAAAUAGUCCAAUCUCACUGUUACUUCAACAUUUUCUUUGAAUAUGGUGAAUGACUUAUUUGCUUUCCCAUGUAAUGUCUCUAUUGCAACUGACUUGUUGGAUUAAGGUUCAUGGAUCGUAGAAGCUUUGGAACAUUUGGAGAAUAAGUCUUAGCUGACUAGUCCAUUGUGGAUGAUGUCACUCCAAGUGGAAAUGUACUUUUCAACAGGGCAAGUGAAUAUUAAGACUGAUUUGCUUAUUUUCCCCCGAGCUAUGGGUUGCUAAAUUAGUAACUACACCCAAUGCAAAGUCAAAUUGGUUAAGUUCAGUACACUUGACUGUGCCACUUGGUAGCACGCACACAAUUGUAGGAAUGCAUACGUCAUUUCAUGGGAUUGUAAAUUGAAGAGGAAUAGACUUCCUAGCUUCAUAUCCAUGGGAAUUGCCUUUAUCACUGCCUUGAUAGUCAGUCAUUUUGAGAUAAUGUUCUGUUUGAGUUCUAUUUGCAGAAAAUAAGUUGUGAUGAAAUCAGAAACAAAGUGAUGGAUAUACAAGAUGCCUUAAUCAGCACCUGUGAAGAGAAAUGAUGAGUUAUGAUGUUUUGGAUAUGUUCUGAGGAUGGACAAAGAGCUUGUAUUUUAUGUUCAACAAAAGUCACCAAUGACUUGUUAUCUCUUCACGGGUAUUGUCAGGUUUGUUCUGCAUCUCCAGCAGGUUUUAUUUCUGAUUUCCUGCAUUGGAUUGUCUUUCUGAUUUUAUUUACAUCAGCUUUGAUAUGAUUUGUGUUUGCAUAAUCUCUUGUUUAAUUCUGUGAUGCAUCAGAUUCCUUCCUUGUAAGAUUUUAUAUAUUGCCCUUUAACUUGUCUGCAUAAUUUAUUAUACUAAAUACAUGGGAAGCAAGUCCCCUUUUAACUGGAUGUUGAUGUUGCUCUCUUGUAUUGAUAAAUUUUGAUGGAUUGUGUACAAAAGAUUUUUUUCUUUUAAAGGUACAGUACAUAUCAAAUUCUUGUAUCGGGCCCCUCGUUAAAGCUGUGUUACCAAAGUUGUCACUGUUUUUAACAGAGCUUUUCCUCUUGUUUUUGAAUCAAGCAAAGGGUAUGGGAGAGAGUUGGUCUAAAAGCUGUAAUUAUUUAUUUCCCCUAUAUUUUAAGGAAAUAAGACUAGCAUUUUAUUUUGAUUGUUGAUCUCAGAGGUUAGUUCUGUGUUGUUUUAUCCUUUAUUUUGAAAUGGAGGAUGUAGUUAAACAUUUGCACCCAAGUUGCAGUUGUUCCAACUGCUGUUGGAAGUAUCUGCACUGAAAUUGCCUUUUGUAUCUGCACUGAUAUUGCCUUUGUUUAACCAUGGGGAUAAAAUGGGAUAAUACCCUGCAUCAUAAGAGCUUGUCUAGCCAUUAUUAUCUAUUCUGAAAGUAUACUAUUCGCAUCCGAAUUCCAAAAGCGUGACCCAUGUCACGUGUCAUUGGACUGCUAGAUGUUUCUCUAUCCUAGACAAAGGCCUUUUUUAAAAAAAACAAAUAAUCUAUUUUAAAAAAAAAACAGACAAUGGAGAAUAAGCCUUGAAUACCCAAUAAUUUGUAAUUUCUGUUACCCUAUAUAAAUAAAGUAGUUGAGUAUCACUCUUGUGCAUUAUUUGCUUUACCCCUAUAAUAGAUGUGUUCAUGAUUAUGUUGGACAUUUCUUGGAACUCUCUUGUUAUAGUUAGCUAGGUAAGCUGGUGGUUAUAUAUGACACUGACAUUUGUUUCCCUGGUAUUUUCCUAUACACAUAGGGUAUUUGAAUAUCAGAGCCAUACAUUGACAUUUUCACUGCUUAUUUGUAUGCCUAGACUAGCUAGAACAUGAAUUAAUACAAAGUGGUCUGCAUCUAUUCAUUCUUUAUUUGAUUUGAUGGUUUCAAGCAUUUGUAAUGUAUCCAGAUGUUUUGCUGCAAACUCCUGACAGGCAAUCCAACACUUUGGAAGUUUCCCAGUUGGGUUUGAAAUCGUCUCUGAUCAAUAUUGGUUAAUAGUGGAGACCUUUUGGUGAAUGGGGUUGGAAAUUAUAUUUCUUAGGUAUUCCAGAUAAGCCUUUUUAGUAGUGGGAUGAGUUCAAAUGAAAUGCUAUGUUGUAAAAUAUGGGGUAGGGUGAAUCCUCAAACACCUGGAGCUGCUAGCACUGAAAUUCUAUUUAAAAAUAAAAUAAACACUUUGUGCUAUA